CUCAUUUAGUUUACGUUUACGCCCUCCAUCCGCUGCUCAGCGGCAGUCUUCGUUUUAAAAGAUUGAUGGAAUUUGAAAACUGACCGAUAAUUCUUCCGCUGGAGAGCCUCUUUCACUGUCUGAUAUUCAGCAGUGGUCCUCACCAAAAUAAGUAUUUAAUCUUUGAUUUUGUGUCAAAUUCAGUCACCGCCCGGGCGUCAUUCAUGUGCGUCCACAACGGCCUUAAAAAACAAGUGAGCAGUGUUAAUGGUAUUUGCAUGUAGUGCAUUUAGAGGGACACGUGAAUUGGAGUAAUGGAUCCCAACAGGAUAAUUCAAGCUCUGAGAGGGACUAUCGAUCCUAAUCUGAGAAGAGCGGCUGAAGAUGAACUCAAUCAGUCCUACAAGAUCAUCAACUUUGCACCAACUCUGCUUCAGAUCAUUGCAUCAGAGCAGGUGGAGUUUCCAGUUCGGCAGGCAGCGGCUAUCUAUCUGAAGAACAUGAUUGGCCGGUAUUGGCAGGACAGGGAGCCAUCUCUGGGAAAAGUUGCCUUCCCUUUCAAUAUUCAUGAAAACGACCGCCAACAGAUACGAAACCACAUUGUGGAGGGCGUCAUCCGAUGUCCUGACACCAUACGCGCCCAGCUGACGAUGUGUCUUCGAAUGAUCAUCAAACACGACUUCCCAGGACGUUGGACUGCAAUAGUGGACAAGAUAAAUUUGUACUUACAGUCGAACAACAGUGGCAGCUGGUACGGCAGCCUGCUGGCUCUCUACCAACUCGUCAAAACCUACGAGUACAGGAAGGCAGAUGAGAGGGAGCCAUUGCUUGCAGCCAUGCAAAUAUUUCUACCGAGGAUUCAACAGCUUAUCAUCCAGUUGCUGAAUGAUGCCACAGUUUUCUCAGUCCUCAUUCAAAAACAGAUCCUUAAAAUCUUCCAUUCCCUCAUACAGAACUCGCUUCCUCUCCAGCUGAUCAACAAUACGGUGAUGACUCAAUGGAUGGAAGUCCUUCGAGCCAUAAUGGACCGUGAUGUUCCCGCUGAAACUUUGGAGCUGGAUGAGGAUGACCGUCCUGAGUUAUCAUGGUGGAAGUGCAAGAAAUGGGCACUGCGUGCCAUUACAAAGCUGUUCAAGCGAUAUGGAAGCCCAGGCAAAGUGGCAAAAGAGUACUUUGAAUUUGCGGAUUUUUUCUUGAAGACUUAUGCUGUGGGUUUACAGCAAGUCUUGUUGAAGGUUGUGGAUCAUUACAGACAGAAGGAGUAUGUUACUCCUUGUGUUCUCCAGCAGUGUCUCAACUACCUCAACCAGGGACUUUCCCAUUCUCUGACAUGGAAACAGAUGAAGCCUCACAUGCAGACUAUUUGUCAGGAGGUGAUCUUUCCUCUCAUGUGUUACAAAGAUGAGGACGAGCGGCUAUGGCAAGAAGAUCCAUUUGAAUACAUCCGCAUGAAGUUUUACCUUUAUGACGAUAGUGCCCUUCCCACCACUGCUGCUCAGAGCCUUUUGUGCAAUGCUGCACGGAAGAGAAAGGAGGUCCUGCCUCAAAUGAUGGCGUUCUGCCACCGGAUUUUGAUGGAUCCCACAUCUGACCCCCGAAGGACAGAUGGAGCACUACACUGUAUUGGAGCACUUGCUGAGCUACUACUUAAGAAGCGUCUUUACGUGGAUCAGAUGGAGUUGAUGCUACAAAACUAUGUUUUCCCUUUGCUCAACUCUCGAUUGUGUUACUUGCGAGCUAGGUCAUGCUGGGUCCUCCACUGCUUCAGUCAGCUGCAUUUCCACAAUGUGAUGGCUUUGCGGAAUGCCGUGGAGUUGGUCAAGAAGGACCUGGUUGAUGACAAUGAGAUGCCAGUCAAGGUGGAGGCUGCCAUUGCUUUACAAAUGUUGGUCAGCAAUCAGGAAGAGGCAAAACUGUACAUCCGGCCACACAUUCGACCUGUUAUGCAACAGCUGCUCCAUGUGGUGAAAGAGACGGAGAAUGAUGAUUUGACCAAUGUCAUUCAGAAGAUGAUCUGCGAGUACAAUGAAGAAGUUGCAGUAAUUGCUGUUGACAUGACACGGAAUCUGGCAGAGAUCUUUACCAGGGUUCUUCAGAGUGAGGAAUACGAGGAGAAUGAGGACAAGACAGUCAUCGCCCUUGGAAUUCUCAGCACCAUCGACACCAUUUUGACAGUUAUGGAGGACCACAAGGAGAUCACUCAACAGCUGGAGGACAUCUGUUUGCAAGUGAUUGGCCUGGUCUUGCAGAAACCUAUCAUAGAGUUCUAUGAGGAGAUUCUGUCUUUGGCAUUCGGACUCACCUGCCAGACCAUCUCCCCGCAGAUGUGGCAGCUGCUGAGCGUCUUGUAUGAGGUCUUUCAGCAUGACUGGUUUGACUACUUCACUGAUAUGAUGCCACUUUUGCAUAACUACGUCACCGUGGAUACAGACGUCUUCCUAUCCAACCCCAAGAACUUGGAAAUCAUCUACAGCAUGUGCAAAAAGGUGUUGACCACAGAUUCAGGUGAAGAAGCAGAGUGUCACGCUGCUAAACUGCUGGAGGUGAUCAUAUUGCAAUGUAAAGGCAGAGGGAUUGAUCAGUGUAUCCCUCUGUUCGUGGAGGCUGCGCUGGAGCGUUUGACACGUGGCGUUAAGUCCAACAAGCUUCGGAUCAUGUGCCUGGAAGUGGCCAUCGCUGCUCUUUACUAUAGCCCGGCCAUUCUUAUGCACACUUUGGAAAACGCACACUUCUCCCAGAACCCACAGACGAUUACUGCCCACUUCAUCAACCAGUGGAUGAACGACACUGAAUACUUCCUUGGGAUCCAUGACCGUAAGAUGUGCAUCAUUGGCCUGACAGUGCUGAUGGAGCUUCCGAGCCGUCCGGCGGCUCUGGAGGCUGUUGCCACUCAAAUCCUUCCUUCUGUACUGCUCCUCUUCUUGGGCCUCAAGCACCUUUCUGCUUCCCAUCACAUCAACAAACCUGACCUGCUGGCAAACACGAGGACUUUGGAUGAAGAUAAAAAUGAGGAGAUUCCCAGUGAUGAGGAUGAAGUGAAUGAAAAAUGCAGUAUGAUGCCGCUGGAGUCUAGUGUGCCAAUGGGCCUAGGAGACGAGAGUAAUGAUGAAGAUGACUACUGGGAUGAUGAUGAUUGCUUCGAAGGAACGCCUCUCGAAGAAUACAGCACACCGCUUGACUAUGACAAUGGAGAAGAUGAAUAUCUGUUCUUUGCAUCUUCCCUGCUAAGAAUCCAGAAUACAGAUAUGGCUUGGUACCAGUGUUUGACUGCACCCCUCAGUGAUGACCAGAAAACACAGCUCCAGGAGAUUUACAGCAUCUCACAGCAGAGGAGGAGUACCGCAUCCAAAGGCCAGUGAGUGCCAAUGAGGAUUCUAAAGAAGAUAUUAUAUGAACUGACUAAAUGAAUUGGAACUUUGACCCCCCCCCCAUUUGAGACAUUGUGCAAUUCUUAUAGUCCCUACUAUAGUAUCCACUACGGCAGACUGUUUUUAAAUUUCUUGACAUAAAAAGUAGUGGUAAAAUUCUUACUGUUAGUAAACUGCAACGUGUGCCUGUUAGUGGUUCUCUAAGAAAAAACAUACCAUAUUGGCCCGAAUAUAAGACGACCCCGAUUCUAAGACGACUCCCUCUUUUUCAUGACUCAAGUUUGAAAAAAGACAUUUUGAACACCAAAUUUAAUUUUUAUACAGAAAAUAAUUACAUCUGAAACAAAUAAUUAUAACAAUAUAUUCGAGAGAAAAAGCUUGUUAUUUUGCCUCAUUCAAAUCAUGCAAAAACUGUCUAUCACAUCUUAAUAUCUGAACAUUUAAAUAUGUAAACUAAAGUGCAAUCGCAUUUGUAAAUGUCUGGCUUCUGGUUUUUGAAACUGCUGCUCACUGCUCCCCUCUCCCCCAGGGGAUGGAUCAAAAUCACACGGGGAUGGGUUAAAUGCAGAGGACAAAUUUCACAACACCCAGAUGUGUGUGUGACGAUCAUUGGGACUUUAACUUUAACUUUUAAAUAAACCAAUCUACUGUGAUAAAACAACAACAUUGCAAUAACUGCAUUACCCUUCAAAGUGAAGUCUUGAAACAAAUCUGAAUAAGGAAAAACAUUGCAAUAAAAUAAUGCAAAUUGCUACCGCUAUUGUUGGGAAGCCUGAGGACUGUAUCGGGGGUUGGCUCGGAUGGUUAUGCCACCGGGUGUCGGUCAGAACACAGGAGGGAAGACGUGGUUCAGUUUUGAUUGCUUUACUGAAUUAUUGCCAAAAAACAUAAAAUAAAUAACCAUAAAUUAAAUACUCUCGGCAACACACCAAACAUAAGUCAUCGAUCGAGACAACAAAAUACAUUUGCUGCCGACCGUUAGUCGCCGUCCCGCUGCGUAACAGCUACUUGUACGAUGCGAGGUAAACUUAAAGGAGCGCGCCGGAGCUGUCAAUCAAACGGCGCACACGAAGCAAACCGCGAUCGGACAAACGGCACAACAGUGGAUAGUAGUAACAAUAAAAUGUAUGUACUCAUUUUGUGUCAAACACGCGCACGAUCACAGCAAGAUACUCAGUCGAUACCAGCAACGUUUAACUUACCGCUGCGCACAAGUGAAAAUAGGUAUAAUGCCUAGACCCCGAAUAUAAGACGACCCCCACUUCUUAGUCUUAUUUCAAUGCAAAAAACAUUGUCUUGUAUUCGGGCCAAAACGGUAUGUGUUUUGUGUAAUAUGUGUAAUAUAAUCUCUAAUUCACUGUCGUAGCAAAGAAUUUCAUCAGAUGGAGUUCGAGCUAUACAUUUUUUGGUCCAGGUGCUGGGUUUAGAACAAGCUCAAUUGUCAUUUACUUUUGAUAUACUGUCUACAAUCCAACAAUUGUGUCACAAAGAAGAAAAAAAAGCUUGGCUUGGAUUUCCUUGUUUUAUGUCCUGAAAUGUUUUACUGAAACGAUUUUGAGAAUCAUAAAAAUCAUAACAUCUCA